CACUGGACAGCUGACGUAAAGCUCUGACAACACAAAACAAACUGUCCUGUGGCUGUCUCUACUCUCGAUCAACUCCGGUAAAUUAACACAACAUGGCCAGCCAAGAAGUAGACGAACUGUUUGAGGUCAAAAAUUCCUUUUACAUCGGAAAUUACCAACACUGCAUCAAUGAAGCCCAAAAGUUGCAGCCAAGUACUCCAGAGUUGCGUUUGGAGCGAGAUGUAUUCCUAUACAGAGCACUUAUUGGUCAGCGGAAGUAUGGAGUUGUUCAGAGUGAGAUUAAAGCUUCAGCACCACCCCCAUUACAAGCCUUAAAGCUACUAGCUCAGUAUUUCCAGUCUACAAGUGGAAGAUCAAAUGUGGUAAAUGAAUUGGAAGCACAGUUAAGCAAAAGUGUAGAUUUAACAAACAUUGCAUUACUUGUUGUAGCAGCCACAAUUUAUUCCCAUGAAGAUAAUUAUGAGGCAGCACUACGAGUACUGAAUCAGUCGGAUGCUCUUGAAUGUCGUGCCCUCAUGGUUCAAACAUACCUUUUGAUGGAGCGAGUGGAUGCUGCUCGGAAAGAAUUAAAGACUUUGCAAGAAAAGGAUGAUGAUGCAACCCUCACACAGAUGGCACAAGCAUGGAUUCAUAUUGCUUCAGGAGGUGAGAAACUUCAAGACGCUUACUACAUAUUCCAAGAAUUGAUUGAUAAGAAUAGCAGUACAGCUGUAUUACUUAAUGGGCAAGCAGCCUGUUUCCUUGGACAAGGGAAGUACGAGGAAGCAGAAGGAGCACUUCAGGAAGCCCUGGAUAAGGAUCCCAACAACCCAGACACACUGAUUAAUCUUAUGGUAUUGGCACAUCACACUGCAAAACCACAAGAGGUUGCUAGCCGAUACCUGGCCCAACUCCGUGAUGAACACAAGACACAUAAAUUUGUUGAUAGUAUUGUAGCUAAAGAGGAGGAAUUUAACCGGUUAGUGAAACAGUAUGCAGCCUAGCCAGUCAUAUGUUUGUUUUUUAUGUAUUUUUGUAUAAGAUCAACUAUGUUACUGCACCUCGAUUACUUACUAUUGAUGCCAUGGUGGGAACCACAUAUUGGUUCAGAUUAAAAUAAAUUUUUAUUUGGAGCUAUGUUACUUUAUAAAAAGUUAUAAUUAAAUAUUUAUGCUGUUAAUAAUUUUAUUUUCAUAUUGUCCUAACAAUUAAAGGAAUGUAAUCAUUCCCAAGGUAUUGGGUGUGAAUAAAUGCUUUUACUUA